AACCUUAAUAUAGACUUGCUAGUCGCGCGUACCUAAUAAAACUAAUAAGGAAAAUUAUACGAGUACUCUAAAGGUUUGGUAUAUUUAUAAAACCAAAAUGGCAGACGACGAAUGGCAAGAUGAACCGGGCGCGGCGAUGCCUUCAGCACCCAUAUCUUCAGGAUACGACAGCCGUCCGAGAGGAGGUGGCAGAGGCAGAGGACGCAGUAACGAUUCCAAUUGGAGAGCACGUGGCCCUCAGACUAGUAGCUACGACGACCGGCGCGACAAUAGAGACAGAGAUCGUCGGGAUGGCGGCGACCGGCGCAACGGAGAUCGCCGGAAUUUUUCACGACAAGACGAAGGUAACAGAAAAGUAAUUUCAGUCCCUUCCUCAAAGAUCGGUCGCGUAAUCGGUAAAGGCGGGUCUAAAAUCAGAGAUCUGGAAUUUGAAUCUGAGGCUAAAGUCAAAAUCGGAGAUACUAACGGCGACGAAACUGAAAUUACGCUGACGGGUACUGAUGAGGCUAUUGCAAAGGUUGAGGACAUGAUUCAAGAUCUCGUCAAAGACUAUAAGCCUGCUGGAUCACGAGAUUUGAACACCAGUAACAGCAGUAAUCAGUCUGGCGAGUUUUUGAAAAAAAAUGAAAAUGGUGUGGAAGUUAUUGACUGGUCCAAGUUGAAUUCGUUUUAUGAAGACAGUCAGAAGGAGCGAUGGAGCAAGCUACCGCCUAUUGUCAAAGAUUUCUAUAAGGAAGAUCCUCAAGUAGCUGCAAUGCCCCCUGCUGAAGUUAGUCGCUGGCGUAAAGCAAACCAUGAUAUUCAAGUAAAGAGAACUUUUGAUGAAAAACCUGGUUUAAGGCCUAUUCCUAAUCCAGUUCUGACAUUUGAACAAGCAUUCCAGCACUACCCUGACAUUCUGGAGGAAAUUUAUAAGCAGGGCUUUAAGCAACCCUCUCCAAUUCAAAGCCAAGCUUGGCCAGUUCUACUAAGAGGUGAUGAUUUAAUAGGCAUUGCUCAAACUGGUACUGGCAAGACAUUAGCUUUCCUUCUGCCAGCUCUAAUACAUAUUGAUGGUCAGACUACCCCAAGAGAAGAGAGAGAAGGUCCAUCAGUCCUUAUAUUGGCUCCCACCAGGGAGCUUGCUAUACAGAUUGACAAAGAGGCAUCCAAGUAUCAAUACCGAGGCAUUAAGUCAGUGUGCUUAUAUGGAGGGGGAGACCGUAAAGAACAAAUCAAAGUAGUGUCCAAAGGUGUAGACAUUGUGAUUGCUACUCCUGGACGACUGAAUGACCUUAUAAUGGCUAGGCACCUGAACAUCAUAAACUUCUCCUACAUUGUCCUUGAUGAAGCUGACAGAAUGUUAGACAUGGGCUUUGAACCUCAAAUCAGAAAAUCCUUGUUUGAUGUCAGACCUGACCGCCAGACAGUAAUGACCUCAGCCACCUGGCCCACAGGUGUGCGGCGCUUAGCAGAGUCCUAUAUGCAGGACCCUAUCCAGGUUAAUGUUGGAUCACUGGAUCUUGCAGCUGUUCACACAGUGACACAAAAAGUUGUAUUUGUUGAGGAAGAUGACAAAGAGCAAUAUCUUCUAGAUUUCUUAAACAACAUGGAGCCUACAGACAAGGUGAUUGUAUUCUGUGGUAAGAAGGCAACAGCAAACCACAUUUCUACUGAACUGGCAAUAAGAAACAUUAGUUGCCAAGCUUUGCAUGGAGACAGAGACCAGAGUGAUCGAGAAGCGGCUUUAGAGGAAAUGGUUGAUGGGACAGUGAACAUUUUAAUUGCCACUGAUGUUGCUUCCAGAGGAAUAGAUAUCAAGGACCUUACUCACGUUAUUAACUUGGAUUUUCCGCGUCACAUUGAAGAGUACGUGCACAGAGUAGGCAGGACUGGUCGGGCAGGAAAGACAGGCAUUUCACUGUCAUUGAUAGCGAGGAAUGAUUGGGCACACGCAAGGGAAUUGAUAAAAAUUCUUGAGGAGGCUAAUCAGGAAGUUCCUGACGAAUUGGAGCAAAUGGCACAGCGGUUUGAAGCCAUGAAGUUGCGUCGCGACGCUGAAGGAGGCGGGCGUGGAGGCCGUGGCGGCGGACGUGGUCGUGGAGGUCGUGGAGGAGGUUAUGGCGGUGGCGGUCGCGAUGGAGGCUACGGCGGUGGCGGCCACGAUGGAGGCUACGGCGGUGGCGGCCGCGAUGGAGGCUACGGCGGUGGCAGCCGCGAUGGAGGCUACGGCGGUGGCGGCCGCGAUGGAGGCGGUCGCGAUGGUGGUUACGGCGGUGGGGGUCGCGAUGGUGGUUACGGAGGUGGCGGUGGAUAUGGUGGGAGAAGAGACAGAUAUUAGUUUCCUUCUCAAUUUUUGACUGUUAAUGAGGGUCUCAAAAAUAAUAUCAAUUCUUACAGCAUGUUAUGCUAAAGAAUCGAUUUAAGUCACAAAAUGUUCAGUCUUCCAAUGCUAGACUACAAAAAAGUUUUAAGAACUCUCAAGAUUUACCAUCUCAACUUGGCUACUUUUUUGAAACAUCCGAUCUAUCCGCUACUAUUACUACCCGCCCCUCUUUAAUAUUACUUAUAUACCUAGUUGUAUUUGUGUUUUUUUUUUCAGACUGAAAAUAAGCCAAGGGCUUAAAAUAUGUUCAGUUAGUUAUAUAUUGUUUAUUUUUGUUUAUCUCUUGUUGCGAGUCAAUGAAGAUGACUGUGAUCUGACAGUAGACUGUUGUAACAAUAUGCGUUAUAGUUUAUAAGGUAUACAUUGGAAUCUUGCAUGCAAUUCACGGCAAACUAGGCUGGAAGGUCAACAGAACUACAAGCAUGAAAAUACCAAAAAUACUUAGGCAAAGCUAAUAUUGGCUAUAUUAUGAACACGCCACAGUGCAUCUGAAGAUAUAUUUAAGCAUCUCAGCUUCUUCAAUACAGAUACAGGUAUGGUGACUUAUCGACGCUUAAGAAUCAAUUAUACUGUCUAUAGUUCGUUUUUUUUAGCAUUAGAAAGAACUUGAAAGAAGGUAAGCGAUUUUGACAUGUCUUUUAAUUGAAAAACGCUUUUUCAAAAUCAAUAACUAUUACUUAUGAAAGGAGAAGAAUAUAAAUGAUCGUAUUAGAUUCAUAAUUGUUACAUAUUUGCCGUAACUUAUUUUUAAAAUGUGUUUUUCAAUUAAAAGACACAUCAAGAUUGUUUACCUUAUUUCUAAUGCUAAAAAAGACGAACUAUAAGUAACAAAAAUACAAUUUCACAGGAUGCGUAAAAAACGAUUUAAAAAUUUGAAUUUCAAAUUAUUGAAAGACGAUUAAAAUGAACGUAAUACGUAUUUUUUUAUCAUUUUAGUCGUCUUUCAAUAUUUUCAAUAAUUUGAAAUUCAAAUCUUUAAAUCGUUUUUUACGCUUCCUGUAAAAUUGUAUUUUUGUUACUUAGACAGUAUUGAUUCUUAAGCGUCGUUAUGCACCAUUUACAUCCAUUUAUUUAUGUGUUCCUGACGUUCUGUAUGUGUCUUUAGGUUCUUGGCCACAAAGAGCAAAACAAGCUAGAGGAGUCUUUAUGCGACUAAGAACGCAAAGACACGUUCGAAACGUCUGUACAAUUAUAAGUAUAAGCGAUUGAGGUUGUUAUGUUAAAAUGUGUGAAUAUCGCGAAAGUUGAAAUCAAUACAAACUACUUUUUUGAUGUAUGCGUGUAUACCUACCGCAUUAUUUUUAUAAUAAUUAUACAAGCAAAUAAGUUUUCUAAUAUCUAAUUUGCCGUAAAUUGCGAAUAGUUACCAAUCCUUGUUUAUAAGUUUAUAUAACAUUGUCAGUAAGAAAGGACCAUCUGAAUUUAUGAUAAAGGUGUAUUUCUGAAAUCCUGUUAGUUGAUUCAAAUAAAAAGCAUUUUAGUUUGGUUUAUCAUGUAUAUUGUUAACAUUA